AACAUAGUAGCUUUCCCCCCGAUUAGAUUUAGACCGGUCGAGUCUCAAGCCGUUCUCGUGUUUAAAGACUCAAGAUGUCGUGGAUAAGGGAAGGUGAACUCAACCUCCUUGAAAAGCUUUCAGCCAAUAUACUGAUGGCAGGCCCCAGUAUGCCCAAACAUGUAGCGUUCAUCAUGGAUGGCAACCGUCGCUAUGCACGCAAGCAACAUGUGGAGCGGCAGGACGGGCACACACAGGGUUUUGACAAGCUGGCGGAGACGCUCCGCUGGUGUCUGCACCUGAACAUCCCGGAGGUGACGGUUUACGCCUUCAGCAUCGAAAACUUCAAACGCUCCAAGGAGGAAGUGGACGGGCUGAUGGAGCUGGCCAAGCAGAAGUUCCUGAAGCUUCUGGAAGAACAGGAAAACCUAGAGAAGCAUGGUGUGUGCAUCCGUGUGCUGGGAGAUCUGAACAUGCUGCCUCUGGACCUGCAGCAAGCCAUUGCCAGGGCUGUGGUCUCCACCAGGACCCACAACAAAUGCUUCCUGAACGUAUGUUUUGCCUACACUUCGAGGUACGAGAUCACCAACGCCGUCCGGGAGAUGGCCUGGGGGGUGGAACAGGGCCUCCUCAAGUCCAGCGAUGUGUCGGAGGGCCUGUUGAGCCAGUGUCUGUACAGCAGAAACUCCCCCAACCCCGACCUGCUGAUCAGGACCUCAGGAGAGGUCCGCCUCAGCGACUUCCUGCUCUGGCAGACCUCCCACUCCUGCCUGGUGUUCCAGACCGUGCUGUGGCCUGAGUACUCCUUCUGGAACCUGUGUGAGGCAAUCCUGCAGUACCAGUUCAACUACAGAUCUAUCCAGAAGGCCAGAGAACUCCACCUGGAGGAGCAGGGUCUUCGGCAGCUGGAGGCGGACCAAGUCUGCGUGGCCCAGCUCUUGGUGCAUCAUAGGAAGAGCGGGCCCCUGGAUGCACAGCUCCUGGUGCAUCAUGGGAAGAGCGGGCCCCUGGAUGCACAGCUCCUGGUGCAUCAUGGGAAGAGCGGGCCCCUGGAUGCACAGCUCCUGGUGCAUCAUGGGAAGAGCGGGCCCCUGGAUGCACAGCUCCUGGUGCAUCAUGGGAAGAGCGGGCCCCUGGACGCCAAGAGGAAACAGGAAGCCGUGCGGAGCUACGCGGCCAGCCGGGAGGAGAGGGUGGAGGGCUUUCUGGGAGCGCUGCAGCUCAAGAGAGACUUGUUCUUCACCAGCCUCAGCACCCUCGCAGCACAGGGCUAGGAACCCCAGGAACCUUGACUCACAUCAACAUGGCUGGAUUUGAACACUCCUCUCGCCACCUGCAUCUUCCAACAAGGCCCCUGGAGAAGGGAGGGGGGAUGUUGUAUAAAUAAUUUGUAUAAAGAUGAGAGCGCAAUUUCUACCCCUAUGGGGCUAUAGUUUAUGUGGAAUAUUUAUGUAUUUAGUCGAAAUAAGAAGUCUAAUAAACCGAAAAGAUCUGGUUCA